CUUCAACGUAAGCUGUGAGACGAGAAUCCAAGGGAUGAGGAUGAAUCGCACAUUCCCCGUCAAGACUGCCUGCCCUGGACUUGAGACCCUUACUGUGGCCACCAACAUGUCCGACUCAGCUUCUGUCGCUUUUUUAUUUCAGCAGAUCAAUAUCGAGUUUGACUAUGCUGAGAUUCUUAUAAACAAUACAGGAGUCAAUCCUGGUGGCGGAGGCAUACACGAGGAAAGUCCUUUGUCUACCGUGUACAGCAGGCUUUCACACAAACAACAAAAAGUCAACACUCUAAGGAGUUGCCUCCUUUUGGAGUCCUUCAUUAACUCCCUCCCCGAUCCUACAUCGACGCCCGCCACCGUCGUCCCCAUUACAGCCGGCGCUGCCUGGGGCACGUUCCCGACCAUCUCGAGCCAAGCGAACAGCAAGCUCGCCGCUCUUCAGUUCAACACCCACGUAGCCGCUGCGGACCAGAACAUCACGGCCAUCUCCCUGCACCCAGGCCUCAAGGGGACAGACAUGCUGAUGGACGUUUUCGGGCAUUUUAGCCUCGACCCUCCCGUGCAGAACAGAAAGUGA